AUGCGCAAGACACUUCUUCUUGUCUUUAUCCAUGGCUUCAAGGGCGACGAUGACACCUUCGCCACAUUCCCCGAACACCUCCGUGUACUUGUCAGCAAGGCCUUGCCUGCGGUCACGGUGGUCACCACCGUGUACCCGAAGUAUGAGACUAAAGGCGACUUGAGGGAAUGUGUAGGGAGAUUUCGUGACUGGCUACAGAACACCGUGAUCGACCUCGAGGUUGCAAACCAUACGGCAUCGCCCACUGUCGACCCGUCCGUCCAUGUUUUCUUGGUUGGCCAUUCAAUGGGAGGGAUUAUGGCUGCGGAGACACUACUGCUGGUAGCAGAAGAGCAGCCAAUCUUCCGAAACCCUCCUACGGGCCCAUCGAAUGAGAAUGCUCGAGUCGUGGGACCGGGCACAUUCAUGUUCCCGCACGUCCAAGGAGUACUAGCAUUUGACACCCCAUUCUUGGGCAUAGCACCGGGAGUGGUUUCAUAUGGGGCUGAGGGUCACUAUCGCAAUGCAACAACCGCCUACAAUACCUUUUCCGAUGUUGCAGGACUAUUUGGCUACGGCGGGAAGAACAAUCCGUCUGACAAGGCCGCGGUGCAAGCCAAGCCCUUGCCUCCCUCAUCCGAUGCUGCGGCUGUUCCCUCCUGGCAGCGAUGGGGUCGAUAUGCCAUGUACGCCGGGGCUGCGGGCGCCGUCGCGGCUGGCAGUGCAGCUGCCAUGUAUUCACAGCGCCAUCGGAUCUCCGAUGGGUUGGGCUGGGUUUCAUCGCAUCUCGAGUUCGUGGGGUGCCUAACACGCGCCGCGGAGCUACAGCAGCGUCUCGUGCGGUUGUCAAAGGUGCAGGAGGACCGGGACAUCCAAUGUGUCAACUUCUACACCUGUCUUGGAAACAAUGCGACAUCUCUCGUGGAAAACACAGCAACGGGCAAGACCUCAUUCAGUCAGAAGAUUAUCCGGUCCAAACACCGAACAUUCUGCACUCUUCCCACCGAGGUGGAAGACGGCAACGAGGCCGCCAUUCUGCAGCCAGGGCUUCAAUGGACGAGGGCCGUGAACGACAAGGCAUCCGACGAGGUCAAGGCGCACAUCACCAUGUUCCUACCCAAAGACAAUCCCGCGUUCUUUGAUUUGCUCGGCGCUGCUUGCAAGGGAAUAGUGCGGUCGAUCGACAAGGGCUGGUACAACACAUCGACCGGGCCGGUCGAAAACGACCCCAUUCACCCACCGGCACAUGACCGGACCAAGCCCGACGACGGCUUCAUGGACGGCGUUGAUGUCGUGGUCGUGGAUUGA